AUGAUGCGGACGCAGUGUCUGCUAGGGCUGCGCACGUUCGUGGCCUUUGCCGCCAAGCUCUGGAGCUUCUUCAUUUACCUUUUGCGGAGGCAGAUCUGCACGGUAAUUCAGUACCAAACUGUUCGAUAUGAUAUCCUUCCCUUAUCUCCUGUGUCCCAGAAUCGGCUAAGCCAGGUGAAGAGGAAGAUCCUGGUGCUGGAUCUGGAUGAGACACUGAUUCACUCCCAUCAUGAUGGGGUCCUGAGGCCCACAGUCCGGCCUGGAACGCCUCCUGACUUCAUUCUCAAGGUGGUAAUAGACAAACAUUCCGUCCGACUUUUUGUACAUAAGAGGCCUCAUGUGGAUUUCUUCUUGGAAGUGGUGAGCCAGUGGUACGAGCUGGUGGUGUUCACAGCAAGCAUGGAGAUUUAUGGCUCUGCUGUGGCAGAUAAACUGGAUAAUAGCAGAAGCAUUCUCAAGAGGAGAUACUACAAACAGUACUGCACUUUGGAAUUGGGCAGCUACAUCAAGGACCUCUCUGUGGUCCACAGUGACCUCUCCAGCAUUGUGAUCCUGGAUAACUCCCCAGGGGCUUAUAGGAGCCAUCCAGACAAUGCCAUCUCCAUCAAAUCCUGGUUCAGUGACCCCAGCGAUACUGCCCUUCUCAACCUGCUUCCGAUGCUGGAUGCCCUCAGGUUCACCGCUGAUGUUCGUUCUGUGCUGAGCCAAAACCUUCACCAACAUAGGCUCUGGUGACAGCUGCUCCCCCUCCACCUGAGUUGGGGUGGGGGGGAAAGGGAGGGUGAGCCCUUGGGAUGCCGUCUGAUGCCCUGUCCACUGGUGAGGACUGCCUGGGCAGGUCUGCCCCUCCCACCCCUCUCUGC